AGUGGCACUCAAGAGCAGAUAAGCAUAUCCACUGGCCACGAUGUUAAUAAGAGGAGCAGAGUGUCAAGCCAACUUGACGUGCUACUACUUUGCUCUAUGUCUUGGAAAUGUUGCCAAGUGGAGAUGUUCUCUGUACCUGACUAACCCAAUAGGUCUGCUCCCAUUAUCAUCUGCAACUACCAGCUGCUCCACUGCACUGAGGCCUCAAACAAAGGUAAGCAUGUUUCUCUGUAUUCCCUCAAGAUCUCAACUUUGAAAAUGUACAUGUAUAAUAAUCAGGAUGAAAGUAAUAAGUAGCACAGGCAGAUCUAUUAUUCAGCCAGUCCACCCUGCCAAGAGCCUGGCAUCCUGCCAGCAGGGAUGGAUGAGCGUCGGGCCAGAUAGAGCUCAUUGCCAAUGUCGUAACGCCUGGCGCUGGUGCAUUGUUAAAGAUUACUGUUAAAAUGAUUCAUUUUCUAGCCAAUAAUCUGCAGUACAUUAUAAGACCUCCGCAAAGGCUCUGUGUAGUUUCCAAAUGACUGCACAAUAUGUUUUCACCUUGAAACAGAAGCUGAACUUCAAACCUGGAGUAUUAAUCACAAAUGUGAUUUAAUUAAUGACACUAAUAACAAUUCUGCACCAACAGGAAGAUCAGCCAAGCACUAAGGUAGGGGUUGACCUUGAGGAUACACUGACGGAAUCUACAAUUAUUACACCAACACAGGUGUUUUCCUUUAUUUAUUAUGGUCUCACUAUAUUCACUCUGAUGAGAGCCGUUAAUCCUGAACUGGUUGACCUGUCUGAAAGGUUCAUACUGGGAUGGUUAGAAUGUUAAGCAUGUUGGACAUGCUCAGUGACCAGCAACCAUUUCCUGAGCCAGAGAGGAGGUACAAGCUGGUUGGAACUGAAGUCUUGUGUGCAAAUUUUGUUCUUAUUUUAAUUAACAAACCUUGUUAGAAGCCUGGCAGCAGCAUUGUGGCCCUACAUUUCUGGUUAACAGAGCAACCCAGCAAUCCAGUCAGUUUCGAGACAUCCGAGCAGUCAUUCGGACGAUUUUUUGUUUUUACUUCCUUUUACUUUUACUACUUGAGAGCGCUGCAUGGCGGGAGUACACACAGGCAUAUAUUCAUUCUAUCUACAGAAUAUUAACGUAGCAUUUUACUGAGGCACUCACAGUAGUGGAAGUAUUAGCGUGGACACAUGAAUGAACUAACAGGCCCCUCAAGGCUGAAGCCAGAGAGCAGCCAUCUUUUGAUGCACUUGCCACUGAUUCAGUCUUCUGUAUUUUGAAAACAGAAGUUAAUACUGUGCCUCUCUAAGAACCAACUUCACUCAUAUAUUGUGCUCUCUAGAAGUAAGGUUUGCAUAUUGCAGCGAAUUUAUCAGAACAUGUUUUGCUUUAGUCUCAUUGUUGAUGGUCCUGACAUCAUCAUCUGACAACAUUGCUGCUUGCAGCUUGAUAUGAUUUUAGUGCAUUUAGUUUAGUUGUACUCCAAAAUUCCUGUGCUUUAAUUACUCAAUGUUUUUUCAGAUUGAAAGUCGUCACAGGCAGCUAUAGUCUACUGGCAAAUUAAUUAUGUGUCUAUUUUUAUUUGGCUAUUACUCUUUAAACUGACACAAACUCCCCAAACAAAAGUGAAAUUUAAAACUUGCACUCUCAGCAAUGGACUCUGUGUACCAUUGGCAUGAUGACAAGUCCUAAUAGCAUACAUGUGCUGACCUAACCAAAGCAAAUACGAAUUGUCGUUUUUGCGGCACUCACCCUGCAACACACAGCUGCCCUGUUUUAGCACACAAACAUUGAAUGUGUGAGUCGGUGUGCUGCGCUGUGCUAGGUGCAGUGUGAAAAGAACAAACUAGGCUUAUUUUCAUUUCCUCUUGAUGUUUUAUUUUUCUAAAAUGUGUAUCCAUUGUAAUGUGUAAGUGAAGAGUCAAGUGGAAAUGCUGGGUUAUCUAAUAGACUAUAAGUAUGCAGAAUUCAUCAUAAGUAGUGCUUUUUUCAUCAGGUCACCAUUCUAUGGCCAAGGCAUCAUGGGUUUUGUCCAUCCUGUUUCUGUUGGUAUUUUCUGUUCCACUGGCUGGCCCUGUACCAACCCAGCACCUCUGUGGCUCCCAUCUUGUGGACGCUCUUUAUUUCGUAUGUGGAGAGAAGGGCUUUUUCCACAAUCCAAAACGACUUCACAAGAGGGAAUUGGAACACUUGCUCAGGUUCCUGUCUAAAGAGGCCAGACAAGAACAGCAGCUGUGGAGGAAGUUAUCUAGAGGCAAUGAUUCCAAGGUGAAGAGAGGCAUCGUGGAGCAAUGCUGUCAUAAGCCAUGCAGCAUUUACCACCUGGAAGGCUACUGCGACUGACCCGCCGACUCCUCAUACAGAUAGAACCCCUUGUGAAAAAAAGGUCCUGACGUCCAUGUUAGGUGAUGUACUGGCUGUGUUUGAACGACAGGAAAUAAAGCUUCAUGACCCAUAACCCGAGGCUCCUCUUUGCCAAGAUGUGACUUGUGACUUUACAGCAUGUUCCAGAAACGUGGGUUUCCAUCACCAUUUCAAAAUAUGACUGCAUUACUACAGUGCCCUCUGCUGGCCAACCACAGACAUGGCCCAAACUUUUUAAACACGUUGAAUGAGCCACAUUCAGAAGUGUUGAAAGGUGACUUUAUUUACAAGAGAAAUUGAUGCACCCCAAUACCCUAAACUAAACUAUCUCACCUACAUGAAUAAAAAUAUA